UACGCAAAUGCCUCUGGAUACCCUGUUCCGAUUUUCUUCUUUGAGACUGGAUGCAACUUAAAUCCACCUCGCUUGUUCAAGGACCAAGCCGCAGUUUUCGGGCCUCAGAUGAAUGGUGAAUGGUCGGGAGCAAUUAUCUAUGAAUGGAGCAUGGAAGCAAACGAUUAUGGUAUUGGCUCAUACGGCGCUUCCAGUGCGACAAGCGGGACGCCAAAGCCAAAGGCUCCGGACUUCACAAAUCUCCAAAGCCAAUGGGCGACUUUGAACCCAACUGGAACGCCGAUCACCAGCUAUGACCGCAAAGUUUCAAUACCCGCCUGUCCCACCUUUACCUCCGGCGGGUGGUUGGUUCACGGUGACGUGAAGCUCUCGACACUCUUACAGGCUGUAGCUGUCACAAGUUCAAGUAGCGGGUCGAAGACCAAAACUGGGUCUACUCAAGGGUUGCCCACAUUUUCCUCGGGAACAAGUUCAACGGCCUCAUCCAAUACCGAUACUUCCGACUCCCGUGGCCAAACUAGCACAGGACUCUCUACCGGUGCUAAAGCAGGAAUUGCUGUAGGCCUAAUCUUCAUCGUUGUUGCUAUCAUGCUGGCGGCCUUCCUUCUCUGGCGCCGAAGACGAAAUCUUGCUCCGAAAGCUCCUCUCGAUCUCAGUCCUGAGGGGCUCGAAGUCGGCACACCGCCCACAAAACAUGAGCAUGACAACUCGUCAAUGUCCGUGCAAGAAGUUCACCCUGAUGCAUCCGAACUCGCGUCAUCAACCACUUUCCAGCCGAACUAGGAAGCUCCACAUUCUCUAAAUCGCAUCCAGCUCCUGGAAUCUUGACGGCAGCGGAACUAUCAACAAGCCCAGCAACACCAAAUGUCAGCUCAGCUUCACAACCCAAGGCCUUUGCAUCUGCAAUCCCGAGACAUGCCGCACCUGCCAGUACAACA